CACUCUUUUCGAGUCGACUCGUUCGCAAUCGACACAUUACUAGUAACCAGGGACAACGCUGCAUUUGCCAAACAUCUCUGUCAUUGAAAGGUUGCUUGUCUAGCACCAAGCUAUACGUAGUUUUUAUUUUACUAGCAUAGUCUGUAUAACGUCAGUAAACUUGCAAAUAUGCAGCUAAAGCAUUUAAAGACGCUUCUAACUCCACAGGACGGAGCUUCGAAAGUUACUUGCAUGGCAUGGUCUCCGAACAACGGAAAGUUAGCUGUGUGUACCGUUGAUAGAGUGGUUUUGCUGUAUGAUGAACAGGGAGAGAGAAGGGACAAGUUUUCAACUAAACCUUUGGAUUCUAAGUAUGGGAAGAAAAGCUACAUGGUGAAAGCUAUGGCAUUUUCUCCAGAUUCCACUAAAAUUGCCAUUGCUCAAACCGACAGUGUAGUUUUUGUCUACAAAAUUGGGGAGGAAUGGGGGGAGAAAAAGGUUAUUUGUAACAAAUUUCUUCAAACAAGUGCUGUUACAUGUUUGCUUUGGCCGGCUGAACAUUCUAUAGUUUUUGGAUUAGCAGAUGGAAAAGUUCGCGUGGCGAAUACUAAGACCAACAAAUCUUCUAGCAUCUAUGGGACAGAAUCCUAUGUUGUCUCACUGACUUCAAAUGUCUCAGAAAAAGGAAUUCUCUCAGGCCAUGCAGACGGGGCUGUUGUGCGCUACUUUUUUGAAGAUGAAGGAACAGGAAACUCUCAGGGUAAAUUAUUGAUCCACCCAUGCCCUCCAUAUGCUCUGGCUUGGGGAAGCCAUAGCAUUGCUGUUGCUGGUUGUGAUAAGAAGAUUGUGGUCUAUGGAAAUGAGGGGCACAUCCUGCAGACAUUUGACUACAGCCAUGAUCUCCUGGAAAAGGAGUUCACAGUUACAGCAACAAGCCCAAGUGGACAAUCCAUUGUCUUUGGCAGUUAUAACAGAUUAAGGGUGUUUAACUGGAGUCCCCGAAGAGGUGUUUGGGAUGAGAUGUCUCCAAAACAAAUCCAAAAUAUUUACUCCAUCACAGCUUUAGCCUGGAAAAAAGAUGGCUCUCAACUUUGUGCAGGUACAUUGUGUGGUGGAGUCGAAGUGUUUGACUGUUGCCUUCGCAGAAGUAUCUACAAAAACAAAUUUGAGAUGACUUACGUAGGUUUAAGCCAGGUGAUUGUAAAAAACCUUUCCACAGGCACAAGAGUAGUGCUGAAGUCACAUUAUGGCUAUGAAAUUGACGAGGUAAAGAUCAUGGGGAAGGAUCGUUACCUGGUGGCUCACACCUCCAACACUCUGCUGCUGGGAGAUUUAGGCUCCAACAAACUAAGUGAGGUGGUGUGGCAUGGCUCUGGAGGGAAUGAGAAGUUCUUUUUUGAAAACGAAAAUGUGUGUAUGGUUUACAAUGCAGGUGAACUGACACUGGUGGAGUAUGGCAGUAACAACAUCUUGCGAUCUGUUCGUACUGAAUUUAUGAACCCUCACCUUAUAAGGCAUUUGCUUGUGUAUGCUUGCAGUGUGCGUCUAAAUGAAAGGAGACAGAGGGGAGUUAAGGAUAACAAGAAGUUAGCUUACUUAAUUGACAUCAAAACCAUCGCUAUUGUGGACUUGGUUGGUGGUUAUAAUCUAGGGACUGUUUUCCAUGACUUAAAAAUUGACUGGCUGGAGUUGAAUGAGAUUGGACACAAGCUGCUCUUCAGGGAUAAGAAGUUACAGCUUAUUCUCUUUGACAUUGAAAGCGGCUUGAAGACCACCAUGCUAAGCUUUUGCUCCUACGUGCAGUGGGUUCCAGGCAGUGAUGUGGUGAUAGCUCAAAACCAUGACAAUCUGUGUGUGUGGUACAACAUUGACAGCCCUGAGAAAAUCACCCUGCAUUCCUUAAAAGGAGAUGUUGUUGAACUGGUGAGGGCCAAUGGAAAAACAGAGGUUACUGUGAUUGAAGGUGUGAAUAAAAUUUUUUACACACUGGAUGAAGGAUUGAUUGAGUUUGGAACAGCCAUUGAUGAUAAAGAUUAUCAAAGAGCCACAGCUUUUUUGGAAACCCUUGAAAUGUGUGCUGAAACAGAAGCUAUGUGGAAGACUCUAAGCAAGCUAUCCCUGGAAGCACAGCAGCUACUCAUUGCUGAAAGGUGCUUUGCAGCUUUGGGAUGUGUUUCCAAGGCACGCUUUUUGAACAAGACCAAUAAAGUUGCUGAUUUGAUAUUAAAAGAAUAUGGUAGUGAUAGCACAGAGAACUACCAAGUUAGAGCACACUUAGCAGUGCUGGAUAAGAACUACAAACUCGCUGAAGUGUAUUUCAUGAAACAGAAUGAGAUCAAUGACGUAAUGGAAAUGUACCAGGAGCUGCAAAUGUGGGAUGACUGCAUUGCAUUGGCAGAGGCCAAGGGUCAUCCAAAAUUGGACAGUCUUCGAUGCAGCUACUAUGCCUGGCUGAUUGAGACUUAUCAAUACGAGAAAGCAGGAGAAAUAAAAGAGAAUGAGGGUGACUGUGUGGAGGCGGCUAAGCUUUAUCUGAAGGCUGGGCUUCCAGGCAAGGCAGCAUGGCUAGCUAUCAGCAGAGACAAGUUGCUGUGCAGCAGUGAGAUUAUUGCUUGCAUUACCUCAGCCCUUAUUAAAGGGGAGUUCUAUGAAACAGCAGGUGACCUUUUUGAGAAAUUAAAAAAUAACCAUCGUGCCCUAGAUUGUUACAGAAAGGGAAAUUCCUUCAAAAAAGCUGUGGAGCUUGCACGUGUGGCUUUUCCAUCAGAAGUAGUGAAGCUGGAAGAAGCCUGGGGCAACUACCUGGUCCUGAAGAAACAAAUGGAUGGUGCCAUCAACCAUUAUAUUGAAGCAGGGUGCUCCUCUAAAGCAGUGGAAGCGGCAAUUAAGGCACGGCAGUGGAAGAAAGCUCUGCAUAUUUUGGAGCUGCAGGAGGACAAAUCUUUAGCCAAAUACUACUUGAGGGUCGCCCAGCACUAUGCGUCUAUACACAAAUUUGAGGUAGCAGAAAAUCUUUUUGUUAAAGGAGGCCAUAUACAAGACGCCAUUGACAUGUACACUGAGGCGGGGAAAUGGGAACAAGCGCACAAGCUUGCUAUAAAGUGCAUGACGCAAAAAGAAGUAUCAUCGCUUUACAUCAGUAGAGCAAAGGAGCUAGAGAAGAGAGGAAAGUACAAAGAGGCUGAAAGAUUGUUUCUUACCAUUGAUGAGCCUGAUAUGGCAAUUACUAUGUGUAAAAAUAACAAACUGUAUGAUGACAUGAUUCGUCUGGUUGCAAAAUACCAUGAAGACCUGCUUCAGGAGACUCAUAUUCACUUAGCCAAGGAGCUGGAGAUUGAGGGAAGGUUCCAGGAGGCUGAGUAUCAUUACAUUGAGGGAAAGGAUUGGAAAGCUGUGGUCAACAUGUAUGGUAGUAAUGCCUUGUGGGAGGAUGCUUAUCGGGUAUCUAAGAGACAUGGGACAACCAGCGCCCACACGCAGGUGGCAUAUCUCUGGGCAAAAGAUCUAGGAGGAAAAGCAGCUGUCAAGUUGUUAAACAAAUUUGACCUGAUUGAGACUGCUAUUGAUUUUGCAGCAGAAAACAAUUCGUUUGACUUUGCCUUUGAGCUGGCCCAACUCUCUAUGAAACAGAAGGUCCUUGAACUUCAUCUGAAGAAAGCCAUGUUACUGGAAGAUGAGGGCAAAUUCAUUGAAGCAGAAAUGGAGUUCAUUAUGGCAGGAAAGCCAAAGGAGGCUGUGCUCAUGUACCUGCAUAUUGAGGACUGGCUUGGAGCACAGCGUGUGGCUGAGGCUCAUGAUCCAAACAGUAUGGCUGAUGUGUUGGUGGAACAGGCCAGGUUUUGCCUAAAGCAAAAGGACUUCCAGAAAGCUGAAGCCUUUCUUCUUCAAGCUCAGAGGCCCGAGCUUGCCAUCAAUUAUUAUAAAGAGGCUAAGAUGUGGAGUGAUGCUAUGCGCAUCUGUAAAGAAUACCUUCCUCAUAAGUUGGGGCUUCUCCAAGAGGAGUACGAGAGAGAAGCAACAGGAAAAGGCAUUCGGGGAUUAGAGAGCAUGGUUGAACAGGCACGGGAGUGGGAGCAGAUGGGGGAAUAUUCUCAGGCAGUGGAGUGCUACCUAAAGGUGAAGGAUUCGACCAAUGUGGCCCUGCUUGAAAAGUGUUGGAUAAAGGCAGCAGAGCUGGCUAUCAAGUUUCUGAAGCGAGAAAAGGCUGUAAAUGUUGUACAAACUGUUGGGCGACAUUUGGUGCAGCUUAGAAAAUACAUCACGGCUGCUGAACUCUAUCUUAACCUAGACCUCAUUAAGGAAGCUGUAGAUGCAUUCCUAGAGGGGGAAGAAUGGAACAAAGCCAAGCGAGUAGCCAAAGAGUUGGAUCCAAGGUUGGAAGAAUAUGUUGAUCAGUGUUAUAAAGAGCACUUAAAAAACCAUGGCAAGGUGGAAUCACUUGUUGGAGUGGACAUUAUGGCUGCAUUAGACAUGUAUGCUGAGAGUGGACAGUGGGAGAAGUGCAUUGAUAUUGCAUCUAAACAGAAUGAUAAGAUCCUGCAUAAAUACUGUGCCCUGUAUGCAACCCAGCUGAUCAAAGAGGGUAAAGCAGAGAAAGUGCUCAAACUGUACUUACAGCAUGGUGUGCCAGCCAGCCCACAGAACUUUAAUAUCUACAAGCGCAUAUUCCUAGAGCUAAUAAACUGGAAUGAAAGUGAUGUCAUUGAAGGCUAUCGGAUGUGGGCAGACCUGAGAGAUUUUUUGCACUUGCUGUGUGGGAAUCUUUCCAAGUCUUCAGAAGCAAAUUUAUCAUCCCAUGACAACUUUAAGCAGAUGCUGGUGAUCGCUCACUAUUAUGCCACUCGCUCAGCAACCAAGGGCAUCGAGCAGCUGAGUACUUUGACAGCCAAGCUGUCCAUUUCGUUGCUCCGGCACACAGACCUCAUUCCAGCAGACAGGGCCUUUUAUGAGGCCGGCCUGGCAGCUAAGGCUGUCGGAUCAGAAGGCAUGGCCUUUAUUUUCCUCAACCGCUUCCUGGAUUUGGCUGAUGGUAUUGAUGAGGGUUCACUGGAUACCUUAGACCACACAGAUUUCCAGGGCACAGAUAUUCCUUUUGAAGUCCCUCUUCCAUCCAAACUCCAUGUCACUGUGGCUAAGAGGGAGGAGAUCAGGGAUUGGGUUUUGACUAUGUCAAUGGACCAGCGGAUAGAGCCAGUGCUUCCUAGAGAUGAGAGAGGCACAUAUGAGGCCUCGCUGCUGGCAUCCAACACCGGCAUUCGAUUCCUUCCCUGUGUCAUUACAGGUUACCCUGUACUUCAGAAUAAAAUUGAGUUUAAAGCACCGGGGAUGGCAUCCAACAAGGAUGACUGGAAUAAAUUCCUGCUGGCUACCAAGGCCACUCACAGCCCAGAGUGUCAGGAUGUCCUAAAGUUUAUAGCCCAGUGGUGUGGAGGGCUUCCAUCAGCUGGCUUCUCCUUCCAGUAACAAGGAGAUUUGUUUCUUAUUGUGUGUAACUUUUUUAAGCUGUCCAUAUCUCAUUUGUCUGUUAUUGUGCAAUUCUUUAUUUGUAUCCUUAAUUCCAUUACCUUCAUUUAAAUGCUUAAUUUGCUUUAUGGUGUUAUGCUUUAUGCUGUUAUAAGAAAAAAGUCUUAAACUUUGUCCUUAUUUGUUUACUCUAUAAAGGCAUUUAAAACAA